AUGUGCUCCAGCUUAUUCCGUGGGUCUGCGGAAGAUGAGAAGGACAGCAAGGUUUUGUCGUAUGGUGAUGUUGUUUUGUAUACGUCCGAUUUGUACACAUUAAAUCCUGGAACGUGGCUGAAUGACAAUAUUAUUUCAUUCGCGUGUGAAUACAUGUUGUCGAAAGCUGCACCAGAAGUUAGAGAGCAGGUGGCUAUAGUAAGCGCAGCAUCCUGUGAGUUGAUAAGGUAUUCUGGUGAUAUGGAAAUCGUUCGGGAUAUUUUCUUUUCGCUGGGUUUCUUCAAAGGAAAAGCGAUCAAGACUAUUGUUGGUGGUAAUCACUGGUCGUUGCUUGUUUUCGAUCGAAGAAGUGCGCGAUUCGAGUAUUACGACAGUAUGCGGCCGGCUAAAGAUGCUGUCGCCAGACAGCUUGUAAAUACAAUCAAACCGGUUCUUGGUGCUCCUGAAGUGUCCUUUGAAAUUGUCGAAUGCCCUCAGCAACGUAACAGUUUCGACUGCGGGAUGUAUGUCAUUGAAUUUGUUAGGCACCAGUUGAAGCUCUCAGAAGAAUCAUACUCAUUGGGUAUAAGUAGCAGCUACAUAGAGUCUGAACGUCAGCAUUGGCAGGAUGUCAUCGUCUCAUUGUCAAAGACUCAAUAUAUUGUACAGAAUGACAAAUGGUUGACGUUUAUUAUUCGUGCACCGUACGCAAAAAUAGCUGACACCGAGAUCGAGUAUGGUGAUGAUAUUUUCAUGUUUUCUGCGCCGCCUUAUUAUCUCAGGGUUCAUUUGCCAAGAGAAGUUGUCGACGAUAACACUGGAACGGCCAAAUAUGACUCGACUCUAGGUGAGUUGGAUUUCUGCGAAUCGAAAACUUUCGCUGUCUGGAUGAUAUGCACCUGGACUUUUGAACAGAAGAAAAUAAGUGCUCAGCGGUUGGUUGAAGAAAUACGUGAUUCUGAUGAUGACGAGGAAGAAAAUUUGUUUAAGAUGAAGCUGAAGGCAGCGAAUAUUUUGUGGAGCAAAAAAGUCACAGAUAUUCAAGCACAGUGUAGUGAGAACUCGACUGACGUAUUUGGCUAUGGAUUUGCGUGGCGUCGUAAGGGAAUACUUGGUAUCUUCUUCUUCAAUCAGUCUGAAAUGUUUUUGCUGACUAGGUUAGAUAUGCUGGAUCCUGAGGAUGCCCUUCAACGGGCGCUGAAGCUAGACUUUGGCCUAAAACUUGAGGUUGACGCGGACGACAGGCAGCGUCUUAAAGAUUUUCCAAGAAAACGUCUACCAACGUGUAACGUAAGCUCAAGAAAUGUCUUAUUUUUCAUAAAUCGUGAAAAGUUGUUGUUCAGGCUAUCCAUGGAAGAACAGAGAACGGUCUUGCUUUCUUUGGUAGAUAUUGUUUUUGCAUUUGCGUACGACUCAAGAAUAAAUGAAUGGGAGACUUGCUGUGAAACCGGGUGGAACAUCACUAAACUGGCUCCAAGUCUAGCGUUUCUCUGCCAGUGGAGAAAUGCCAAGGAGGCAUUUGUUGGUAGUGUACGAAGAUCGCUCUGCUAUCCCUUGUACAGAAAUUGGGACUUAUCGCUGAAAGUUGUGUCGGAUACUAAACUUAUCAUAAGGAAAGGUAGAGCUGCACUGUUGCAUGUGCUGAGUAAGAUGCAUGGAAUUCUCAUUGGUUCCGGAGAAUUUCGUUACCUUUUCAACGAUCUAUUCAUAACGGACUAUUGUCUUUGGAUACAAUCUGUUGAAGAGGCCAUGUUGAAAUGGCUUCAAAAAGCAGUCGAUGAAGUUGAGGUUUGUUUUCGUGCUUUCUAUUUGAUGUAA